AUGAGCUCUCAGACAUGCACAGACCCGGCCGCGGCCCCCUCGUCUGGCUCAGCCAUGGAGCUACGCUUUGCAGAGGACACUUCUCUCACUGAGGUAAUGCAGCUGCGUGUCCAGUCCCUGCAGCGGAGCGGUCAGAAGCGACAGGAGGGGGAGCGGUUGCUCCUCCCCCACGAGGCCGUUUACCGUCUGGACUUCUCCAAUCAGAAGCUGACGUUCAUCCACUGGUCGGUGUCUCUGAUUGGUCAUGGCAGAGUGACCGUCACAGGGAUCUCCCAGCUCUGGACCCCUGACCUCACACACCUGAUGACCCGGCAGCUUCUUGAACCCGUCGGAACAUUCUGGCGGAAUGCUGGUGACCCGGAGGACACACCCCUCAAGUGUCUGGAGGCGGACAUCCAGGAGUUUGGGGAGCGAAUCGCGGAGCUGGCAAAGGUCCGCAAGGUCAUGUACUUCCUGCUUGCCUUCAAGGAGGGGGCGGAGGCUGACAAGGUCAGCAUCUCCGUGGAGUUCAAUCAGGCCUGA